AUGCUAAGAAACUGCGAAAAUAUCUGAUGCAGAUAAUUCAACUGCUUGCUAAUGCCGGACUCCAUGUUGUAUGCUUGUCAUCAGUUUCAGGACCCGGCAAUCAAGCAUUGUGAAAUAUUCAAGGUGUUCAUUGCAUUCAAAACCAAUGCAGCCCGCCUUGUCCUCAUCCUCUCCAGUAAGGAGAACGAUUAUGGAUGGCUCCAGAUCGUGAGCAUCUCCUAAAAAAUAUUGGUGUCAACUGGAGAGGACGGAUUUUUACAUCCCCGAUGAGAUAAAACUCGCCAACAAUCUGCCUGGGUUGAUCAUUUUCAUGCAGCAUGUUGCGUCACUGGUCGAGGCUAAUAAUUAUGGACGAGGGGGAAUUACGAUAGCCUACAAAUUGAAGGUGGGACAUCUGCAGCCUGGCAAAUUCAACAAAAUGAAUGCCCAGCUUGCCCGUGAGGUUUUCUCUGCGGAGGUUACGAAAGCUCUUACUCUCUUAGCAAAGAACGCACAAUCGACGAUCCCUCCAGCAGCGGAAACCACAGGAUAGUUCAUUCUUCAAGUCCAUGAAUGGUACUCCAUUAUAUCUGGGAGACAUAGGAGUGAAGCUCUCGGGAAUGGCAAAAGGAGUAAUUAUAGGAGGAAGAAGCUGACAGGGUUUGUGGAGCUGGUUGAAGGCCUUGAGAUUCGGUAAGCCGCCUCCUCAACGAAAACCAAUUCAACGUAGCAUAGAUAUAUCUGCUUCAGCUACGUUGCAGUUCCACGAACUUCUAGCAGUGGCUAUGUUCUUGAAGGCCAGCAAGAACGCUUCGUACUCAGAUGACGAAGAAGCUGAUUACAUUGACUUUCGUAGAGGGCGUAAUAGAGAGAGCAAGUUGGUAGAAGAGGAAAGUGGCGCAAUGACAAAUCUCGCACUAGAAGAGUGCCAGUUGUCAACAACCCAACAGUAUGGUGUGUAUUUCCUGGCGGGUUGGAUUGCACGUAAGCUCCACGCAUUCUGUGAGGAGUGUAAUAACGCACUCAUUGCUCGUAAUAUCGACACUUCUCUCCUGUGUCAGUGGACAGAAGAGAUCAGCAGGGGAGGAUUGAUUCACCCAACGGGCCAACUCCAUGAAAUCACGUUGAUUUCAGAGAUUUUAAUGCAGAGCGCCGGGACGAAAGUUCUGCAGACACCAAAUGUGUUGGAAUGCCUCGCGACAACCAUCAAUGAGCAGAGUCCACCCGAGUUAUCCUUUUUUUUCGGUUCGAAGCACGAUUUAAUCAAAAUGUGCAUUCACAAAUUCCUGGCCUUGCGUGUGCACGUUUUGGCGUUAAACAUGUCUCAACCCGAAGUCGUGGUGAAAUACGCAUCUAAAAGUGGUUUCAUGAGAACUUCUGCACAGUCUGCUGGGAAAGGGAAAAAUUCUCCAACAUGAAGGACUAUGAAGCACGGGAGAAAAAAUUCUCAGAAGAUGCAUUCAUCAAAGGGAAGUUGAACAUUAGAAAUAUGCACACUAAUGUAUGCCUUUGGAAUAAGUUGAACCUUCCUACCAAUUUUAAAUUCAUGAUCAUAAGUUCGAAAUUGGUCAAACGCAUGAUCAUGAAUUUACGAAUAGGUGGGAAUUUUCAAGUUGGCUCAUUUUUCGACAUAUCUAAUAAACAAUACAUUGUUUUAGCUAAAACUCACCAAUUCAAGGACCACAAUAAUCCAGGAUGGGUGCCCGGAGCUCGAUUGGGUCUUCCAGCUCUCGACGAUUGUGUUCUACGAUCUUCAAUAUAUAUAUUUUCUAUUCUGAUGCAAUGGUUAUUGGUUUGCAAAUCAUAACGAUUGUCCAUCCCUCGACUUAGUGGAGUAGGCCUACGGAGGAUACCAGUUUGAAUAAAACACGUCGAUGACUCUACCUCUUGGGUGACGUGGAAAGAAUUUCCCUGUAAAUACUUUAUUCGUGCGAAAAUGGAAAAUCGUGAGCGAGAAUGUACGAAAAAUAGUAAAAAAAAAUUGGGCGCCUUCGUCGAGAUUUGAACGCUCCACCCCAGAACAUGCCGAGUGGUGGGGACGAAACGCGCAUGAGGGGGAGAGAGUGUACAGCGCCGCGCACGGCUUCCGGAGGUACUUGUCCCCUGUUUUCGUGUCAGUGACAUCAAAGGUUGACAAUACCUCCCUGUAUCAUACCUUAUCUCGAGGAAAACACAUGGGUUUUCAACGCAGUAGUCUUAACGAGUCUUUUCCUAAAGAUUGCGGAUGAGCUAAAUUGGAAUAAUCAUUGUUUCAUUUAAUUAAAUAGUGAAAGUUGUUUAUUUCUUAUACUCUGCUAUUAUUAUUCAAAAUCUAUAUCC